AUUUUUUUUUUGACCUGAUUCAAUUUUUUUUCAGUGUUUUUAUUUCAUUUUGCUCGUUUUACACUCAAUUUGUUUUGACCUAAUUUGUGUCUGAUAUCUGUCUGUUUGGGCUUGAUUCUCUACCAGAUAGCUUUGCAAUUUGCAGCAGAUCUAUUUAACUCUCUCUGCUCAGCUACUUUUUCUCAGAAAUCCUUCUGUCGACAUAACAUCUCACUGCAAGAUGGCAAAUUGGCUAAUUAACCCAUCUUCUCUAGACCAACUAAGGAAAAUCCUUGCAGGUUCACUAUCAAAAAACAGCAGCGAAAGAUCUCUUGCUAAUGAAGCACUCAAACAAGCCCAGCUUGACCGGGACUUUGACAACUACUUGGUUCACAUCUUAGUGGAAGACGAAGUGUCUUCGAUUGAGGUCAGGGCUGGCGCCGGUUUGUUACUAAAGAACAAUUUCCUAAAGAGAAAUUACUUGGACUCAAAAUCGCUGGAUUUUUUUGACUAUAUCAAGAAAACAAUAUUGAAAGGUUUGUUUGUGAACAUCACUCUUAUCAAAAACAUCACUGGUAAUGUCAUAACUGCAUUGUUCUCCAUAUUGACCAUCAACAAUUGGCCACAGGUGCUCAUAGACUUGUUAAAUUUGGCUGAUCCUUCCAACAACCAACCUAUUUACGUUCAAGAAAAUUCAAUCUCUGCUUUUUUAAAAAUUUGUGAAGAUUCUGCAACUAUUUUAGAGAAACCUAUGAAAAACACAAACGAGAUUCCCUUGGAUUUUAUCAUCCCAAGAGUGCUUUCUCUAUUAAGUUCUUCUUCAAAUAAAGUCAGGGCUGACUCCAUUUCAUGUAUCAAUCAAUUUGUAUUAUUAGGAAACUCUUCAGUCUCCAAUCAUUUGGAAUUAUAUUUAUCCAAAUUGUUCAAUUUGGCAUCACAGAGUGAUUCAAAUAUUCGAAAAAAUGUUUGUUCUGCUUUCUCUUUGAUUUUAGACUCAAGACCUGAUAUUUUAUCUCCACAUUUAGAAGGUGUGACCAACUACUGUCUUCAUACUAUAAACGAUUCUAACUACGAUGUUUCAUUGGAAGCCUGUGAAUUUUUAUUAUGUCUAGCAACUUCUUCUUUACCCCCUGCAGUCAUUGAACCAUUUUUGCCCAAUAUGUUGCCAAUUUUACUAGCAAAAAUGGUUUACUCUCCAGACGAAAUUUUGGACUUACAAGCUCUAGAUUCUAAUAAUGACUCAAAUGUUCAAGAUAAAGACGAAGAUAUUAAACCAUUAAAUGCCAGGAAUAAAACUCAUAAACAGGCCAACGGCAAUAGAUCUCAAGCGACUUUUGACGGCGAUGAUACUGAGGACGAAGGAUACUAUGAUGAUUAUGAUGACGAUGACGAUGAUGAUGAAGGAAUUGAUGAUGAAGAUGAUCAGCUCAGCUCAAACUGGACUCUAAGGAAAUGUGCUGCUGCAACUUUAGAUCUCUUAGCUAAUUGUAUGGCUGAAUCUGUAUUAAAAAUAACUUUACCAAUUUUGAAAGAAAGACUUACCUCAAAUGAAUGGCCAAUUCGUGAAGCUGCCAUUUUGGCCUUUGGUGCAAUCAAGGAAGCUGCGAUCGAACACUCCAACCAUGAGCUACCUGCUUUGAUACCCUAUUUAGUUGACACUUUGCAAGAUUUGAACUCUUCUGUAAGACAGAUCAGUUGCUGGACUUUAUCUCGUUAUUCAACCUGGAUUUGCUCAGAAGUUCAUAAAAACGGCCAAUUUGCUAGCUACUUCUUACCAACUUUUCAAGCUAUUAUGGCUUGUGGUUUAGAUAAGAAAAAAAUCGUUCAAGAGAGUGCUUGCACUGCAAUUGCUAAUUUUAUUACAAACGCAGAUUUGUCUUUUGUAUUUCAAUUAGCUGAACCUUUAUUAAAGUUUUUCACUCAAUGUUUUGAACAAUACCAACGCAAAAAUUUAGUUAUUCUAUAUGAUGCUGUUCAAACUUUUGUUGAUAAAAUAGGAUACCAUUUGACUGAAAAACCCGAAUAUUAUAAUACUUUAUUACCACCCUUAUUGAAAAAAUGGGAAGAAUUGGAUGAUGAAGAUAAAGGAUUAUGGCCCUUAUUAGAAUGUCUUUCGUCUGUUGCAGCAACUUUAGGUGAAGCUUUUGCUCCUUUUGCUCUUCCUGUUUAUCAACGAUCAAUUAAAAUCUUGUUAAAUUGCAUAAAAAUCGAUCGGUUAUCUCAAAACGACCCAAGAAUUGAAUUGCCAGAAUCUGACUUUAUGGUUACGGCAAUGGAUUUAAUUGAUGGCUUAAUUCAAGGACUAGGAUCUCAUUCAGCUGAUUUAAUUCAACAACAGAAAUUGGAUAAUCCCGAAACUAACUUGAUGGAAUUGCUUUUAAUUUGUUUUGAAAACCCCAUCAAUGAAGUUAGACAAUCCGCUUAUGCUCUUUUGGGUGAUUUAGCUAUAUUUGUGUUUAGACCAAUUGUCUUUCCAUAUUUAAAUUCAUUAAUAAGUUUAAUUGGGAAAGAAAUUGUUCAAAGAAAUGCAUUAUCAAAUGCUGUAUGUAAUAAUGCAACAUGGUCUUUAGGUGAAAUGGCAUUGAAAUUAAAUGAAGAAGAAUUGAAACCUUAUUUGGAUCAAUUGGUUCCAUUAUUAUUGUCUCUAUUAAAAUCAAAUCAAGUUCAAACAACUGUUUUAGAAAAUGCUGCUAUUACCAUUGGUAGAAUUGGUAUUUGUUGUCCAUCAGCAUUUGCCCCAUUUUUAUCAAGCUUUAUUUUAGAAUGGACCACUCAUAUGAAAUAUUUGGAAGAAAACAGUGAGAAAGAGUCGUCAUUUAAAGGAAUCUGCAACAUAAUAUCAUUGAAUCCAACAGGAUUUGGAAACUCUCCUCAAGGGAAUUCCAAUUUAGCUAUAUUUAUAGAUUGUAUUACAACUUACUCUCAACCUGGAGAAGAAUUGGGGAAUAUAUUCCAUAAAUUAUUAGCUGGUUAUCGCGAUAUGCUAGGAAACGAAUGGAACACAUUAUUAAGCCGAUUAGAUUUUGAAUCUCAACAAGUUUUACACAACACUUACAAUGUCUAACUGGCUGAAUUUACACAGUUUGAUUUUUUAAUACAUAAAAUUUUAUGAAGUUAUCAACAAAAGUUGUUCAUAAUGAUUGUUAAAUG